CUAAGAGCGACAGGCAGCAGAGGAGUCAGUGGUCCCUGCGUGAUGGCCGCCUCGGUGUUCUGCUGCCUGCGGUGCUGCAGAGACGGCGGAACGGGGCACAUUCCUCUGAAGGAGAUGCCGGCCGUGCAGUUGGACACGCAGCACAUGGGUUCAAAUUCUUCAAUCACAAAAGACAUUGGAUUUUAGAAACUGAAUAACAUGAAAGAGAGGAAAGGCAUGCUGUGUUAAGAGUACAUUUCAAGCAUAAAUUCAUCUUCCAUUGAAAAUAUGAGAAGCACACUGAGCAAGUAUGGGUGUAUUGGGAACAGAUGUUGUUAUUGUAAAAAAUGGAAGAAGAAUAUGUGGAACAGGAGGUUGUUUAGCCAGUGCACCUUUACAUCAAAACAAAAGCUACUUUGAAUUCAAAAUCCAGUCCACAGGAAUCUGGGGUAUUGGUGUUGCAACUCAGAAAGUUAAUUUGAAUCAGAUUCCUCUCGGCCGAGAUGUGCACAGUCUGGUGAUGAGAAAUGAUGGAGCUCUAUACCACAACAACGAGGAGAAAAACAGGCUGCCAGCCAACAGCCUUCCACAGGAGGGAGACGUGGUGGGUAUUACAUAUGACCAUGUAGAAUUAAAUGUAUAUUUGAAUGGAAAAAACAUGCAUUGUCCAGCAUCAGGUAUACGAGGGACAGUGUAUCCAGUUGUUUAUGUUGAUGACAGUGCAAUUUUGGAUUGCCAGUUCAGUGAAUUUUAUCAUACUCCUCCACCUGGUUUUGAAAAAAUACUAUUUGAACAGCAGAUCUUCUGAAUGUAUUUGUUUUUGAAACUUGUACUUCUGCACUGUUAAAAGUGUUUACCAUUUAAUAAAGCUUUACCUGACUUAUAGAUGAAAAUAUAUUAUUAAAAAUAUGCUUGUUAAUAUUGUUUCAGGAACCAGUGUAUUCAAUAUAUCACCCCAAAAUUGUGAUUUAAAGUACUUACAUUUUGUGAUAUGAAGUCAGCAUUUUGGGCAGUUUAUUUAAUUCUUAUUUAAGUAAAUGUAACUAUGGGUAUGAUUAACAGUAUUAAGUUGAAAUAUGUAUAUAUAUUUAAAAGGGAAUCUGUCUUAUAUAAAUUAUUUGUUUUGGUAGAGUUGGGUGGGUUUUUGUCAUUCUGAAGUUUAGAUCUCACUAACUAUUUUAAGUUUGCAGUCCAAUGAUUUUGUGUCUCAUGUUCUUUUUUAUAGAGCAUAACAAGUGACAGAGAUUUAUAUUAUUGGCAACUUCACUUUCCACAAUUUAUUUACUGUGAGAUGUAUCAUUUUCUUAAAAUUUAAAUUGCCUAGUUUGUUUGUAUGUCUUUGCUUUUAAUUUGCUUUGUGAAAAGAGAUGUGUUCUAGUAUUGAAGACCAUUAUGCUGUGUUACUUCAAUUCCAGAGUAAGUAGUGGUGAUUAGUGUUAGAGUACACACUGGCAGACACUAAGAAUAGGGAUGCUUUAAACUUAAAUGUAAAUGAGAUUAUUCUUUUAGGGACUUUUAUUUAAAUGUAUUUUUUUCUGUAAGGAAUAAUAAAAUAAUAGUAAUUAAUGAA